AUGUCGUCAAUCCAGCAGACGUACCCUCUGACGGUCGGCGAUUUGACGAAAGAACAGCUAAAUCAGCUCAUUGAAGUGCUGAACAUCGACACCGUCUCCCCUGAGGGAGAUACUUCGGUGGAAGGGCGGAUCAAGGAUGCAAUCAGAAAGCUUCCCUGGGAUCUGCGCCGUCAUGCCUUAACUCGAAUUGUGCCAAACGCUAUUAUCCAACCGGCCAUCUUGUGCGACCGACACACCGGCAUGAACCCCUACGUGGUCAACCACAUUUUUAUUCUGAUCAAGCGCGAGGUGACCGAGCAUUUGAAACAUCUCGAGCGAUACACCGGCGAGAUCGCUUCUGAAGUCAGGCUACUACUGACUGAGCUCAAAGGGAUCCGGGGUUUAUGGCGCAGUGAUCCAAAUUUGAAGUCGUAUCUGAAGUACAUGAAAGUCUCGCAUCAGCAUAGCGGUUGCGAGGCAUGCAUGCUGGCGCAGAUUAUCCAAACACCAACCUGGCUGCAAAACCUUCGCACGGCCCUGUUGAGCCGUACGAGAACGCGAGCCAGGCCCAAUAAGCCUCACCGACCACCGCAGCUUCUGAGGUUUGUCGACGGGGGCAUCAACACACACCCUCAUCUCGUUACCGACUUGUUCUAUCAGAGUGGCCAAAUGGCAUAUUCCCUGAAAGACGUGAGAAAGGCGGCGGUCCAGCAAUACAGACAAGCAUGGCAAGGUAAUGACCACGAGGAUGACAGGAGUGAAGAUGAACAAAAUCCUGACGACAGCUAUAGCAAACGCCAGACCAUCCAUGUUUACUGGCAUCAAGAGGGGAGAGAGCAAUCGGGAACGGUGGAUAGAUUAGGCAGCGAAACCGCUGUCGAAACGUCGAGCUCCAUGACUGCCGUUGACGAUGGCGACCAAUUGCAAGCCAUGCACGGGAGAACGACGUCUAGAAAGACAACACCCAGUGAGGCUCUAAUCAACGAGAUCAUCGCAGAAUAUGCUGGGUUGACAGGAACGCCAGACAUGGAGGAUGCACGACAGAGCUUCCUGGUCUUGCAGCCUGAUCUGGCCCCUCCCACUCCAUUGUGCGUCACCAAACCGGGACCGAAUAGUCCUUCGAUUGUUUCUCCCACCAGCACGUACGUCAUCAGCCCGUAUGCCACCAGUUCAGGGGCCACCAGCAGCUCAGUUGCCACGACCCCAUAUGCUACCAGUUCAGAUGCCAACAUCUCACCUGCCACAAGUCCAGAAGAGAUCAUCAGCCUGUGUGCCACGAGCCCUUAUGGUGCGACUGAACCGCGCAAGCCCUCUUUUGCAGUACGCAAUAGCAGCACAGGAGGAUGGAAGUGCGGACAUUCCACUCCGCGAGACGCCAUCGACUGGGAAAAGAUCAUCCAUAAGCCCAGCCCUCUGGACGAUCUCUCUGCACGAGCCGCCUCGGCCUUCCGCGACAUCAAUGGAACCGCUGAGCGCAUCGCGGUUGAAUACCAAGAUAUUCUCACUCCGCACCAGAAGCUCGAAUACUCUGACUCGGAGUAUUCCGUCUCGCCGGGUGAGGAACACUCCCGUCCACCUACCACCUGGGAACUACUCUGUGACAAUAUGAACAUCGAGCAACCCCAUCCUCAGCUUAAAGAAACAAAGAGAGGAAAGGGGCUGGUGAAGAUGUUUAAGAAGACACCUCGCAUCGAGGUUGCCAGGGCGUGA